AUGAAAGCACAGAAGUACGAUCAAGCCGUGAUUGAAAUCGCUUCGAAUGGAAUUGAGCAGUUUGAUGUGCUCAUUCGUGAGAUCGCGGGAUCACAUUCCAAACUCAUCGCACGCAUUGACGCUCACGAUGAUGACGAAGCGCCGUUUGAACUUGCAUCCCUCAAAGCACGCCAAGCGUUGUACCACGCGGCAACUGGGAUUACAGGCCGCGCCGCGCAAACGACCAUAUCGCUGUAUGCAUUCCGUCAUGCACCAGAUGAUCCCAACAUACUCCAGCGAGCAAUCGCGACUGGAAUGAUCCAAACCACCGUCGUUCCAGGCGGGAUGCCGGUCGUGAUCUCCAAUGGCAGCACGAUCCAAUGGGAUGACGACUUCACUCAGGCUCUUAAAAAUCUCGAUGAUACUGAUGCGCAGGGUUCUACUCCCGAUGCUUUGCUGCAGGAUUUUUGUUCUCAGCCUCUCCCCACAGUGACUUCGCGUGGGAGCUCUGAAUCGCUGAUCCGCGUGAUCGAUCCAAAGAAUCUUGAUGGUCCGCAGACAUUCGAUGUCGUGAGUGCCGCAAGAUCGAAUCAUCCUGUGCUCGACCCAAACGGUCAACCAAUCUUUGACGAAGUCUGGUCGCUCUCAAACUGCCCAUCGACGAGAUUGAUUUUCGAUAUCUACCUGCAUGAAGACAUGGAACGCAUGUACCGUCCUUCAAUCGAUGCGCAGAUGUGGAACCCGAAUCUCUCAGCACCCGGCGGAGACAAGUGGGUCCUGCGUUAUCCGCAGCUCCCAACGCUUGAACUCUUGGGGCGUGGGAUAACGAAUGCCGCAUCGAAGGGAUACUCCAAACAUAAAGAGCUCACCCAAUCAUUCUUUGAGCGGAUCGGUUGGAACCCAGACCAGUUCUUUGGUCUUCGUUGCGAGGUCGACUACCCAAUCUGGCGCGGCGGUUACUGCAUGAAGUUCAAGCCGAUUCAAUCUGCAACAGUACGAUUUGUACAGGAGCAUCACGUGUUGACUGACCAGACAAUGGACAUCGCAACCAACUCAGUGCCGUUGACAGAGCUUCCGCGUGGACAGCGCGGGCGAGUGCAGAUCAAUGGCAGCACAGAAGAAGUCAAAAUGCUCCGCGCCAUGGGACUGCGUCCGAACGCGUCCGUCACGAUGUGCCGACUCGGAGAGCCCUGCAUCGUCUCGCUCAGCGGCGCCUGCGGCGGCGGAUGCCGGAUCGGUCUCGCGAAGGAAAUCGCGGCUGUUGUCGAUAGCCGCAUCGUCGCUUUGCUCGGGAAUCCCAAUGUUGGAAAGACGACGCUGUUUAAUCGCAUCGUUGGGAUCCGCGCCAAGACCUCCAACUUCCCAGGCACGACGCAAGAAGCUCGUCACGCGCUGCGUGAUGGUUCGGUGCUGAUCGACCUCCCCGGAGUGUACUCGCUGAAUCUAGAACAAUCCGAGUCGCGCGUCUGCCGACAGACACUCGAGGGCGAGCUCGCGCCGAUCGGUGUCGAGGCGCAUGUCCCCAACGCGAUCCUCGUGGUCAUCGACGCGACGAACCUGUCGCGAAACUUGAUGAUCGUUGCUGAAGCGAUCGAGCGCCGUUUGCCAACCGUCGUCGCGGUCAACAUGAUGGACUCCGCGAAACGCCGAGGCAUCCACAUCGAUCUUGAGCGUCUAGGCGAGUGCCUGGGAUGCACUGUGGUCGGAUGCUCAGGGAAAACGGGCGAGGGUGUCGAUCAACUCCUCGAUGCACUCAAGCACGCGAAGGUCCCCGAUCGCAGCGCCCCGACGGAGCUGGAUGCAAUCGAAGCGUGGAGCGAUGAUAUUUACGCGCUCGUCGCAGCCGCUCGCGAGACGCCGGUUGAUGAUCGACUCACCGAUCGACUCGAUCGCGCGUUCACGCAUCCGCUGCUUGGUGUGCUGACCUUCGCGAUCGUGAUGACGGGAUUGUUCUGGGUGAUCUUCAAGCUCGCGUCGAUCCCGAUGGACCUCAUCGACGCGUGGUUCGGGACCAUCGGAGGCUGGGUCGGAUCGAUUCUCCCAGAGGGCGCGAUCCGCGAUCUGAUUGCCGAUGGCAUCGUCGCAGGCGUGGGGGGGACGGUGAUCUUCCUCCCUCAGAUCGUGCUGUUGUUCUUCUUGCUGGCGCUGCUGGAGGGUACGGGAUACCUCGCACGCGCCGCGUUUGUGAUUGAUCGCGUGCUGCGUCCGUUCGGAUUGAGCGGACACGCAUUCGUGCCGUUGCUCUCGAGCCACGCGUGCGCGAUCCCAGGCAUCAUGGCGUGCCGAGCGGUUCCCGAUCCCAAAGAUCGGCUCGCGACCAUCCUCGUCGCGCCGUUCAUGAGUUGCACCGCUCGCAUCCCGGUGUAUGUGCUGCUGACAUUGAUCCUGUUCCCAGACUCCCCAGCGAUGCAAGCCGUCGCGUUCACCUCGUGCUACGUCAUCGGAGUGCUCGCAGGACUGCUCAGCUCGCUGCUCGUCAGACGAACAAUCCUGCAAGGUUCAUCACGGCCGAUGGCGAUGGAACUCCCGAGCUACCGAUUCCCUGAUCUCAAAGCGGCGCUGAUGCUGACGUUCGAUCGAGCGAUGGCGUUUCUCCGCAAAGCGGGGACGCUGAUCGUCGCGGUGUCCAUUGUCUUGUGGUGGCUCAACGCGUAUCCAAACAAACCAGUCGAGAUCGAUCCAGCGACUGAGAUGACCGUCGAGCAGGUCGAGCAGUUCCAAGCAUCCGAGCAGGCACGCAACUCGUUCCUCGGACAGAUCGGGUCGGUCGUGCAGCCGGUCUUCGAGCCGUUGGGGUACGACCGCAAGCUCACGAUCGGUGUCCUCGCAAGCUUCGCGGCUCGCGAGGUCUUCGUCUCCACGAUGGCCGUGCAGGUCGUUGGGAAUGACGACACGGAGGACGAGGGUGUGCUCGAUUCCAUUGCAAACGCGAAACGAGAUGACGGCAGCGUGCUCUUCGAUCGCGCGACGAGCUGGUCGUUGUUGGUGUACUACAUCCUUGCGAUGCUGUGUCUCCCGACCGUCGUCGUGACCGCGAAAGAAGCCGGCGGGUGGCGAUGGGCGCUGCUCCAGCUCGGGCUAGAGUACGCCAUGCCUGUAGAUGAUUGGCAGUUCUGGGUCGUGACAGCGGUGGGGGCGCUCGCCGCGCUGUGGCUGAUCCGAUUGGUGCUUCCCAAGAAAAAGAAAGGCACCAAGGCCUCGCUGACCGUUGGGGGCAAGCCGGAACUCAAAGACGGCUAUGUCGUCAACCUCGGGAUCGGGAUGCCGACGCUCGUCGCUAACCACAUCCCCGACGGCAUGGAGGUCUGGCUCCAAUCCGAAAACGGACUCCUCGGGAUCGGACCGUUCCCAACAGAAGACAAAGUCGACGCCGACCUGAUCAACGCGGGAAAGCAGACCAUCACCGCGCUCCCAGGAUCGUCGUUCUUCUCAAGCUCCCAAUCCUUCGGCAUGAUCCGAGGCGGACACAUCGACAUGUGUAUCCUCGGCGCGAUGCAGAUCUCCGAGAAAGGCGACAUCGCGAACUGGAUGAUCCCAGGCAAAAUGAUCAAAGGCAUGGGCGGCGCGAUGGAUUUGGUCGCGGGCGUCAAGAAGGUUGUCGUGACGAUGGAGCACUGCAACAAGAAGGGCGAAGCGAAGAUCCUCAAGGAGUGCAACCUGCCUCUGACGGGACGCGCGUGCAUCGACAUGAUCAUCACCGAUCUCUGUGUGCUGACAAUGAACCACGAGCGCGGCUUGUUCGAACUCACCGAACUCGCGCCGGGCGUGAGCGUGCAAGAGGUUGUGGAUAAGACCGAAGCCGAGCUGAUCGUCAGCGACGAGCCGGCUGUCGUUUCGGUGUAA